AUGGCGGUGAACAUUUUCCACACCGACUGGGCAGAUGAUGGUGACAUCACAGUGAUAAACAAAGGUUUGGACCUAUUUGAAGGCGACAUCAAGAUGGCGUCCACCAAGGUCAGAAGAAGAAGGUCCAUUCAUGGUGCAAAUUACCGCUGGACCCUACCUGUACCUUAUCACUUUCACUCUAGCCUUGAUAUGAAUGCAAGAGGAGUGAUUCUGAGAGCCUUGGAGCAGUUCAGACUGAAAACAUGCAUCGACUUCAGGCCCAAAUUGUGGGGGAACAACGAAUCACACAUUGUGAUCAAGAAGGACCUAGGGUGUUGGUCUCAGGUAGGAAAACAGGAAAAGGAACAGGAUUUGUCCAUUGGCUCUGGCUGUGAUACUGUUGCUAUAGUGGAGCAUGAACUUAUGCACACACUGGGCUUCUGGCAUGAGCAGUCCAGAUAUGACCGGGAUGAUUAUGUCACAAUUAACUGGAAAAACAUUGAAUCAGGUGAGGAGCAUAAUUUUGAAAUCAGGACCAAUGAUACCAACAGCACCAUGGGCACCCCAUACGACUACUCGUCCAUCAUGCACUACUCCAAAAAUGAUUUCACCAAUGGAAAUGGAGCUACAAUCAUCACAAAACUGCCACAGUAUCAAGAUGUGAUUGGUCAACGACGUGACAUGAGCCAUUAUGAUGUUGAAGAACUCAACAAGUUCUACGAAUGUACUGAUUCCAUCUCCUUUGUGGAGCACUGCAGCUUUGACAAUGAGGGAAUGUGUGGAAUGACAGUCUGCUCCAGGGCUUCAGCUGAAUGGCUGAGAGUGAGGAGAACUGAUGGAGGUCCCCAAUCUGACCACACUCAACUGGGCACUGACAAGCAGGGCACAGGUUUCUUCAUGCACUUCAGCACCAAGCGAGGGACAAUGGGAAACUCUGCCAUAUUUCAGACCAGGAGUAUGACACCUAAGAGAAGCUGCAAGGUUCAGUGUCUUGAGUUCUUCUACUACAAUACUGGGAGUGAGUCUGACCAGCUCAACAUCUGGAUAAGAGAAUUUGAUGGUGCUGACGAUAUCAAGGGAACUCGAAGACUCAUAGGACAGAUAAAAGGAUCCCCAGUUGAUUACUGGCAGCUCCACCAUGUUCCCCUGGACGCCUCCAAGACCUUCCAGGUGGAGUUUGAGGGCCGCAAGGGAUCAGGGUCUUCAAGCGGUGGCUUCUCUGUGGACGACAUCAACCUCUCAGAGACCGAAUGUCCCCAUCACACAUGGCACGGGAGAGACUUUGAAAGGCUGUUAAAAGCCAGCAGGAAUGUAACUGUACUCGCCAGCCCAUCGUAUUAUUCCCAUGAAGGCUAUCGAUAUCAACUAGCAUUAGCAUUUCAUCAAGAUUACGUUGUUGUCUUUGUCCACCUGGUCUCUGGUGUCCAUGAUGCUGGAUUGAAGUGGCCUUGUCACCAGAGACAGGUGACAAUUACAGUGUUGGACCAAAAUCCACACAUGCAGAGGCGCAUGUCGAAACAAAAGAGCAUCACUUCAAAUGCAUCACGGUUGAACUUUGAUACGUUUGGACAACCAGAAAUCCAUGGCACACUUGAGGGAUUUGACUUCUAUACCAACAAACUGCAUGAUGUCAGCACUCCAGAGAGUACACCAGCGCCCCCCAGUGGCAGGUGUAAAAACAUCUUUUCUGUCACAUGCUACAAGGUGGAGAUUGCGCCGGGGGUUCUCUUCAUAUCUGCAUGGUUGCCUUUCCUCAUUGGGAUGCUGUUUGUUUACUGUUGCUGCAGAAAGAAGCCGCAGAGUGUGCUAUCUGCUGAAAAUAUGUUGUUCAUGCCGGAGAUGUAA